AUCCGGGUGUUGACAGAAAGAAUGUUCAAACAUCUUCGGAAAUGGUUUGUCACUCGCUUUUUUGGGCAUUCUCGGCAAAGAGCAAGGCUGGUCUCCAAAGAUGGAAGGUGCAACAUAGAGUUUGGCAAUGUGGAGGCACAGUCAAGGUUUAUAUUCUUUGUGGACAUCUGGACGACUGUGCUUGACCUCAAAUGGAGAUACAAAAUGACCAUCUUCAUCACAGCCUUCUUGGGGAGUUGGUUCCUCUUUGGUCUCCUGUGGUACGCGGUAGCCUACAUUCACAAAGAUCUCCCCGAGUUCCGUCCUUCCAUCAAUCACACCCCUUGUGUGGAGAACAUUAAUGGCUUGACUUCAGCUUUUCUGUUUUCCCUGGAAACGCAAGUGACCAUUGGAUAUGGAUUCAGGUGUGUGACAGAAAAAUGUGGCACUGCCAUUUUUCUGCUUAUCUUCCAGUCUAUACUUGGAGUCAUCAUCAAUUCUUUCAUGUGUGGUGCCAUUUUAGCCAAGAUCUCCAGAUCCAAAAAACGUGCCAAGACCAUUACAUUCAGCAAGAAUGCAGUGAUCAGUAAACGGGGUGGGAAGCUUUGUCUCCUAAUCCGGGUGGCUAAUCUUAGGAAGAGCCUCCUUAUUGGCAGUCACAUAUAUGGAAAGCUUCUGAAGACCACAGUCACUCCUGAAGGAGAGACCAUUAUUUUGGACCAGAUCAAUAUCAACUUUGUAGUUGAUGCAGGAAAUGAAAAUUUAUUCUUCAUUUCCCCACUGACAAUUUACCAUGUCAUUGAUCACAACAGCCCCUUCUUCCACAUGGCAGCAGAAACUCUUCCCCAGCAGGACUUUGAAUUAGUAGUGUUUUUAGAUGGCACGGUGGAGUCAACCAGUGCUACCUGCCAAGUCCGGACAUCCUAUGUCCCAGAAGAGGUGCUUUGGGGCUACCGUUUUGCUCCUAUAGUAUCCAAGACCAAGGAAGGGAAAUAUCGAGUGGAUUUCCAUAACUUUAGCAAGACAGUGGAAGUGGAGACCCCUCACUGUGCCAUGUGCCUUUAUAAUGAGAAAGAUGCUACAGCCAGGAUGAAGAGAGGCUAUGACAACCCCAACUUCAUCUUGUCGGAAGUCAGUGAAACAGAUGACACCAAAAUGUAGCAGUGGCUUUUCAACACGAAUAAAGCAAAGUCUUGAAGAUACCUAGUGACUAGGAGCAUUAUGAUAUAAUCAACAAUUUAGGGGUAUGAAGGUAGGGCAAGAGCCAUCCAGGUCUACCAGCACGAUGCCCCUCAACCUCAUAACUAUGAUCCUACAAGACACAUAGCUCUACAAGGCAACUGCAUUGGAACAUUCAUUGUAUUUAUAGAAAACCGGAAUAUGGAAGGCAUAGGAGCUCAAUUGGAAUCUAUAGAUGAUUAUUUGAAAUCAUGCUACGUUGAUGGAACAGACAAAAUCAUCAAAAGUCUCACAGACAGGCCAAAUGAGACUUUUAAAAGUCUCCUUGAAGAAAUUAUGAGCUUUAGAUAAUAUAAGGGAAAAAUCAUAUUCUCAUUUUGAUUCUACUGAUAAGAAAAAAGUCACUUUUAUUUUAACAUUGGCUUUGAUCAAAGGAAAAAUUGUUUCCUGAGUGGAGGGAGAUGAACCAAUCAAAGACAAUAAGAACAGACUGACACACAAAGAACAUUUGUGAGGCUCUGGCCUUCUCCUGCACCAGUUGUUGCAGCUGUCAUCUUAGUCUGGGUCAGGCUGUGUUUCCAGAGCGUGGAGGAAAGGCUCAGUCCAUGGACUCUGCAUCUCUAUGCACCCAACAUGGGGAGGAGCACUGAGCCCAACCUGCAUCACGGCCUAUUGAGACACGGUGGCCCAAGUUGGGUUUUGGCCCAAAUGAUCUCACGUGGUACAUUUAGACAGAGGCUAAAUCACCGCUCUAGAAUCUCAAUGAACACCUUCCUGCAGGAAAGGAUGCUUGACUUGAAAUGGUGGUGACAUUUCUUCCAAUUCGUGUUAGAUGGGAUGAUGGGCUACAAAUCUGUUAAAAGAAUACUUCCUGAUCUUCCAAGAAAGGGAUGAGGAGUUUGAAGGU